UCUCUUUUCCAAGCGUCUGUUUACCUUUCAACCUAACCAUUUUUCAAAUGUCAGUCUUAGCCAGUUUUCAUGUGCAUGGCAUGAGUUUACAGUUGUUUGGUUUUUUGGAAGGUGUAGCCAUUGUCCUCAGUAAGUUUGAGGAGAGUUCAGGGAGUAGUGGAAUAGGUUUUAGGAUGUGUAUGUUAGGAGAGAAUCCAAGUGAAACUAAGGAGUUGUGUUGCACGGGAGAAAUAAAGAAGUUGGGGAUUGGGAGACUGGGAGGGUUUCAGCUGAGUGGGAGGCGGAACCAGGAAACUGUGGAGGCAUUUGGUCAUGGAACGCUCCGAUUUGAAGGUGUAGAAGGCAUUGGACGGACAACUCGCAAAGUAGGAGGGUAUUUUGUUGUGAAGAAUCUCUUCAAUAUCUGUAAUGUGAGAGUGUUUUGCAGAUAUUGGUUGUAUCGAGUUAUAGGUGCCACGUGGGAAUUGAUCAGAUGAAGGGUCUUUCUGUUCACUCUCUAAAACCAAAAGUUAAUUGGACAGUCUGAAAGAAUCUUACCCAGCACGAAUCUGUCUUCACAAACAGAGUGUUUUUGCUGCAGAAACAAUGGAGGGUUGAUUCACCUGCUUAUCAAAUUUAUGAACGCAUGAUGCUCGCACGUUUCUCACAUUCUCCUGAAUGUGUUAAUCGGCAUUAUCGAAAUAGGGAGCAAAUUCAGUUACUGCUCGUGAUGAGGCCUCCUCUAUUUGGAAUAAUUCGCCUGGCGUAAAAUGCUUUCAACGCAUUUAAUUUCAACCACAACGCUGAUUAGGUUUAUUGCAAUGUACCAACCAAUCGAGACAACAGAGUCCUAACGUGAACAAAGGAAAAACUACAGUGGAGCUAGAACAUCGCUAAUCAUGUAUCUCCAAAUGACUUCUCUUGCAGUAGACCAAGAGCUGUUAUAGAAAUUAACGAAGACGAUCGGCUGUGUCUCUUUGUUGCGUCUCAUGGACUCAAACCAACCUUUCCAACAAAGACCUUUGAACAACCUAAUGAGUGCGCAAGCUUCAUUCCAAAUUCGAAUUACAUUAUCUCAUUCAUUCAUUCAAUCCCUGCUAAGUAAGCAUCUUGGAGAUACACAGCUUUAAGACUGAGAAGAUUUUAAGAUCAAUUCUCGAAACAUGGCUGAAAAGUGCGUUGAGAAGGGCUGCGUUUCUGCCAGUGAAUUCAAGAAAAAAGCUUACCGUGAUUACUUGUAUUCAAGUGGAACCGUAGAAUCUUUAACCCAAGUGUUGGUGAUGCUUUACGAAACCCAUAACAAACCAGAAAAUGCUCUCGAAUUCAUACGCAAAGCUUUGGGAGGACCCACAAUUGCAGAUUUGGAGCAACUGAAGCAGGAGAAAGAGGCUCUGCAGACCAUGCACGAUGCUCUUGUGAAGCAACAUGCGGAGACUUGUGAACAACUCCUGCUUUUGGCGGCCACCGAGGAAAACUCAUCGGAGGCUAAAUCUCCAUCUGGAAAAACUAGUCAAAGAAAGAGUAAGAAGGGAAGCCUGCAAAAAUGAAACAUGGGUGAACUGUUUAGCAUACCAUUAUAUAUAUAUAUAUAUAUAUAUAUACAUACAUAUGUUUGAUUGUGUGUGUAAUGAACAUUUAGCAGUUCUUAGGAUCUACAGACCAGUUCCAAGGAUCAUUUUUUAAAAACUUCACGAGUGAUUUAAAGUGAUUGUUAAACUCUGAUCCCAUGAAUUUUAAAUUUAUCCGUAUUGGAGGUCAUGUUA